GCCCCGACAAAGAUAUAUAGGAAAUAUUUUUGCUAUGUGGCAAAAUAGUUUUAAAACUUUUUUUCAAUAAACAUGUUUUAGGUUGUUUUAAUUUUUUUAAUUGUCUAUUGUUUUGAAUUAUUAUCAUUUACAACAAUGCAGCCUCCAAAGAUAGAAGGCGUUAAUGGAAAUGCAAACGUUUUAAAAUAUAUCAGUCUUGUUACAUUAACAUUACAAAAUGCAAUUUUGGGUCUUAGUAUGCGAUAUGCUCGUACAAGAUCCGGUGAUUUGUUUAUAUCGUCAACAGCGGUUUUAAUGUCUGAACUAUGUAAAUUGGUAACAUGUUUGGUUGUGGUUUAUUUUGAAGAAGGUAAAACGUUCCAGGGCUUUAUUAGAGCCUUACAUGCAACAAUUGUUAAACAACCAGUGGAUACUUUAAAAAUUUGUGUUCCAUCUUUGUUGUAUAUAAUUCAAAAUAAUUUAUUGUAUGUAUCUGCAUCGCAUUUGGAUGCCGCCACGUAUCAGGUUACGUAUCAGUUAAAGAUAUUAACAACCGCUGUUUUUGCUGUCCUCAUUUUGCGUCGUAGACUUUUAUCAACACAAUGGAUUGCAUUAGUAGUUCUGGUAGUUGGUAUUAUUUUGGUACAGUUGGCUCACACAACAGGGUCAGUAGUUCACUCCACGUCAGGUCCUGAACAAAAUCGUUUAAUUGGAUUUGCCGCAGCGUUCACUGCAUGUAUAUUAAGUGGUUUUGCGGGUAUUUAUUUUGAAAAAAUGCUCAAAGGUGCUGAUAUUUCCGUGUGGAUGCGAAAUGUUCAGCUAAGUUUGUUAUCGAUACCAUUCGGUUUGAUUACGUGCAUGGUAUCUGACGGUGAAAAAAUCACUAGAUUAGGUUUUUAUUUUGGUUACGAUGCCUUUAUUUGGUAUUUGGUUGUGUUACAAGCUGGUGGUGGUUUAAUUGUUGCAUUAGUUGUUAAAUAUGCGGAUAAUAUUUUAAAAGGUUUUGCUACGUCAUUAGCGAUCAUUAUAUCGUGUGUUGCAUCAAUUUAUUUGUUUAACUUUGUUUUAACGUUUCAAUUUGCUGUUGGCGCAACAUUAGUUAUAUGUUCAAUAUUUUUAUAUAGUUAUGUACCACCAACUCCACCAAAACGACCUGAGCCAGCUGAAUCCAAAUUGGUUGUAUGAUACAGGCUCUAAAUAUUUUUAGUUCGUACAUUCAAAUAUGAUAUAUUAUCAUAUAUUUUUUUUUAUUCAAAAGAUAUGCGUUCCUAACUAAUCUUAUUUUGGAUUAGAAAUUUUGAUCUGUUUCGUGCCAGUAAAACAAAUUCUUUUCAAAUACACUGUGCGCUAAAGAAAGUGAUAUAAAAUUCAUAAUGAAACAUGAAACUGAGCUCAUACUUUUAUCUUCAGUGUUAUUAGUAUCAGGAAUAUAUUUUAAUAAUAUUAAAGCGUCUGUCUCUCUGAUUGCCCUAAUACGCCAUAAAAUAAUCAUGGUUAUUUUAAAUUACGAAGAAUAUAUUAUUAUUUUUCUUCGAAAUAAAAAUUGAUUUGUCUCACUUUCUAUCAGUGUUAAUCAUAUAUCUUAAAAAAUCGUAUGCUUCAACUGACAUUCUAAAUACUAAAAAAAGAAAACGUUCUGUGAAAAUUUUGUCGCAAAACGACUCGCAAUAAACUCUGACACUUGUGAAAAUCAGUACUGUUUUACUUUUUUUUUUCGAAAUAUAUUUUCUUGCAAUGGGCUAGAUUUUUCGAUCGAAGAGGGAGGGACUUCAACUACCUCCUAUGAAUACGUACUUAUUCAAAUCACAAACUAAAAAAAAGUCGACACACCUUAAGUGAACAUUGUAAGAUA